AUGGCAUGCGGUCAGCCAGACCGCCACGUUUUCAUGUUUGACCAGCUCUUCCCGUGGGAAUAUGUUGCGCCGCUGCCAGACGUGUCUGAGCACUUGGUACAGCUUCAGAACCAGCAGGCAGCUGCCGAGUUUUUUUUUGCGGGUCAGGCCGAGGAGGGCGCCGACAUUCGUUAUUAUCGUGCUUACCUUCUCGCGCUCGAGAAAGCUGAGCAUGGACGCCAGCUUGCAGGGGCGAUGUUGUGCGCGGCUGUCGGGGGGCGCGUGGCCCAGGCAGCGGGUCCGUGGCGAGGUCAGUCAGGGCGCUGA